AUGUCCAAGAAGGGCAAGGGCCUCCGUAAUAAGGACUCCGCCAGCAGCAGCAAUGCCUCCUUCCUGCUGGAGCGGACCGGCGUCUCGGCGCAGGCCGGCUUCGCCCUGUUCGGGGAGUUCACCGCGGCCGCCUACGACCUGGACCACAAUGUGAAUGUCCUGCUGAAGAAGCUCUCCAAGAAGAGCGAGAUCACCCGGGCCAAGGCGCUGGAGGAGCUGCUGGAGGCCCUGGCCGCCAUGGACUCGGAGGAGGUCGGCAAGCUGGCCCUGCGCUGGGCUUCGGACACCUUCGCCCGGGUCCGCGCGGACCCGGUCCCGCGGGUGCGCAUCCUCGGCAUGCAGAUUCACGGGCGCCUGUGCCAGCGCCUGGGGCGCGCGGUGCAGGCCCAUGUCCCGGCCCUGUCCGGGGCCUGGGUGGCCGCGCAGUUCGACACCUCCAAGGAGGUGGCCGCCGAGACGCGCGCCGGCCUGGCCGCGCUCUUCACCCCGGUGCAGUUCGAGCGCCUGGUCCGCCACUGCCAGCCGGACAUCCUGGCCCGUGCCAGUGACAUCAUUCUCAGCGAGGAUCCGACGCAGUUCUGCGACCCGAAGGUCUUUGACGAGCACGAAAUCCGCUCGGUCUUCGAGCGGCUCCAGGUGGAGUCCCUGCUGGGCCUGUGCUCGCUUGUCGACCUGCUGCAGGGCGACCUGCGCGCCGACCUCCUGGCUCCCCUGGUCCAGAGCCGGGUCUUUUGGAAGCUCUCACGCCACGAGAAUGUCACCAUCCAGCUGGCGGCCUACCAGUUUGUCGGCCGGCUGCUCGGGUGUGGCAGCCUGGCCGAGGCGGUGCUCUUCGGCCCGGGGCCGGUGGCCAGCUACCUCCUGCGCACGGCCCUGGUCUUCCCGCAGGUGACCCACUGGAAUGUGCAUGCGCCCCUGCUGGAGGCCAUCUGGCAGCUGGCCGGCCAGCUGGUCGGGGCCCCGGCGGCCGACCCCCCCGGGCCCGGGGCCGCGGCCGUCGCCGGGGUCGACCUGCGCAAGGCCUUCUUCCCGAGCGUCACCAACUACGUGUCCCGGCGCCUGCUGCCCGCGGUGGCGGUCCUGCGGGCCAUCUUGGCCGCCUGCCCGAAGGAGCAACUGUCCGGGCAUUUCCCGCCCAAUCUGGCCACCGCCCUGGCCGAUGCCUACUCCCUCCCCGGGGCCACCGACGAGUCUCUGGCCCGGGAUGCGGCCAUGCCGCGCUUCUUCAUCCAGCAGCAGGCCCCCCUGGCCCGGGCCCUGCUGCUGGCCUCGGUCUGCUGGAUGCAUGGCCACCUGCCCCAGGAGCAGAGCGCGCCCAUCGUGGCGACGGUCCUCCGCCGGUGCCUGCUGCCUGGCCGCCCGGCCGCCACCGAGGAUGGCCCCCAACUGGCCAUGGACCUGGUGCUGGGUCUCUUCGAGCAGACCCCCUCCGGCGCCCAGGCCGACCAGCUGACCGUGCUCCUUCGUGAUGCCCUUUCGGCGUGCCUCCUGUCGGACGCCUGUCCGGAAAAGCGUGCGGCCUUCCUCGGCCUGAUGGCCGGGGCCACCGCGCGCAGCCCCCACUGCGAGCCCCUGGCACAUGCGCUGACCCGUGCCCUGCUGGAGGACCACUUGGCGCAUGCCUGCGGCGCGGCUGCCUCCUCGGCCGCCGCUGUCACUCGCGUGGAGGACGCCGUGCGCAUUGUGGCCCAGAUCCCGGCGGCCGGCGUGGCGGCCAUCGUCGAUGCCCGGCUGGCUGACGAGCUGCUCGGGUGCCUGGAGCGCCACGGCGACGCGCUGCUCUGGUCCCCGGAGCCGGCCGUGUCGCCGGUGUGGCUGCAGAUGCUGGACCUGCUGGGCGAGGCGGCGGCCGGCCCGCGCGCCGACCGCCUGCUGGACCUGCUGGAGGCGGCCCUGGACACGGGAGCCCCGGCCGGGGCCGGGUUCCUGCACGUGUGCCAAGUGCUGGAGCGCCUGCCGGCAGCCGACCCGGCCACCGGCCGGCCGGCUCGCGUGGAGUCCCUGGUUGCCGCCUGCCUGGAGCGGGCCCUCUUCUUCACCCCGGAGGAGGGUCCCUGGGCGGAUGGGCCGCUUCGGAGCCUGGCCUUCGGCCUGGCCCGGUGCCUGGGCCCGGCCGAUGCGCCGGCCGGGGACGGGCUGCUGGCCGUGCUGCAGGCCGACGACCCGGAGCCACCCGCCCUGGAGGCCUUCAUGCGGCUGCUGACCCUGUCGCUGGAUGAUGGCCCCUCCUGCCGGGGGCUGGGGAUCUUCCUGCGCCUGGCGCAGCCCGGCGCCGAUGAGCACCUGGCGCGGCUGCUCCUGGCCCCGGUGGCCGACGCGUGCUGGUUCGACUCGCUGGACAUGCUUGGCCGGCUGUCCGAGGCCCUGGCCCGGGGGGAGGGCCCCGCGUCGGGCCCUGCCGGCGAUGCCCUCCGGGCAUUUGCCCUGCGGACCCUGCCGCGCUUCGAGGCGACCCUCAGCACGACGGCCCACCGGGGCGGGGCCCCGGCCCGGCGCCACAUGGACCUGGCCCUGCGCACGGGCGCGGCCCUGGUGCGGCUGCUGCCGGCCGAGCAGGCCCCGGCCGGCUGGGCCGCCUUCACCCACCGCCCGGCCUUCGACCAGGCACUCGGGCAGCUGGUCGCCCGGGUCCCGGCGCCGGACCUGGCCCUGCAAUUGGGCGGCCAUGCGGCCGAGGUGUACCACUUGCUCUUCAAUUACCACCGCGCGCCGGGGCUCUUCCCCGGCACCCGGUGCCCCUGGUCGGAUGGCAUGGCCGACCGGGCCCCGGCCCCGGCCCCGGGCCCGGCCUCCCCCGACCACGACCACGACCACGACCACGCCCCGCCCGUGGAGGACCCCCUGGCGGCGGUGGUGACCCUGGCCAGCUUCUAUGGCGGGCUCCUGGAGAGCCUGCACCAGGCGGAGGUGCGGUCGGCGGCGGUGGCCGGCCCGGCGGCCAUGUCGCCGGCCGAGCAGGCGCACCUCGUGUGGGGCCUCUUCGCGGGGCAUACCCUGGCCACGGUGCUGGCCCCGGUCGGCGGGCCGGUCGACCGGGAGCUCGACGGGCCGCUGGGCUUCGUCCGGGCCUCCACCCCGGAGUCGGUCCUGCGCCGGUGCCUGGCCGGGCUGCCGGUGCCGGGGCCCGGCGACAUGCCGGCGCUGGUCCGGCAUUUGGCCACGCUGGCCGAGGCGGCGAGGGCGCUGGCCGGGCCGGUGGCCGACCCGGCCCCGGAGGCCGGCUGGCUGGCGGCCCUGCUGCAUUGGGCCAUGGCCGGGCUGCGGGCCGUCGCCACCCCGGCGGCCAGCAGCGCGGUGCACCUGCUGCAGAGCCUGCUCUUCGAGGCGGCCCUGGCGGCUGUGCUGGAGGCCGCGGCCGAGGCCGACCACCCGGGCGCCGGGUCCACCAGCACCGAGCAGCCCCCGCCGGAGCAGCAGGCCACGGUGCCGGUGGUGGCCGGCCUGCUGGCCUCGCUGACCGGCCUGGCUGGCGAUCAGUCCUUCGGCGGGACCGGGCUGCGGCUGCUGGCGGCCCGGUGCCUGGGCGCGGCCCGGCACCGGCUGGCCACCGGGCACCAUGCGCGCCUGCGGUCGCUGCUGGAGCAGGUGGCCGACGAGGCGGCCCUCCAGACGGAGACCCUCUUCAGCUUCUCGGCCGACAGCCUGACGGCCCCCUUCUCGCUGAUCAUGCUGUCGGCCCUGUGCGAGCAGCUGACCCAGGCCCCGGAGUCGAAUGACUUGCUGUUCUAUGUGCUGCGCAUGCUGGCCCACGCGCUCCGGGCCCACACGCUGCCGGCCCGGUCGGACUAUGACCUGCUGUGCGCGGUGACCGUGCUGGGGCUGCGCGUGGUCCGGCGCUUUGCCGAGCUGUCGCUCAUGCAGCGCGCCGGCACCGGCACCGGCGGCCUCAACCUGCUGGCCCUGCGCUUGAGCUUCGAGACCACGGCCCGGCUCUUCUCCGAGGAGAAUGUCGACCUGCUGAUCGGCGCGUCGGCCUGGGCCCGGGACAGCUGCCUGCGCGAGUGCAUCGGCCUCUGGGCCGAGUGCUCCGGCCAGCUGGACGAAUUCGCCCCGGAUCUCCCGUACCCGGAGGAGGCCGACAUCGAGCACCUGCCGGGCCUGGCCCUGGAGCAGGCCCACCAGCCGGAGUACGCCGCCCCGGACAGCGUGGCCUUCUGGCGCGUGGCCUCCAAUGAUGCCGCCCACCCGAUGCUUUUGAAGCUGCUGCUGUCGGCGGUGGCCUCCUCGGCUGCCGGGCACGCCAAGCGCACCGACCUGCCGGUUUUCGUGUCGCGCUUCACCAAGCUCCUGCCGACGGCCUACCUGCUGGACUCCUUCUCGGACAUCGAGUCGGGCGACACAUCGCAUGGGAUCUCCCCAACGGAGGAGCUCCUGUCGGUGGUCCGGCUGAUUGUGGAUCGCACGGCGCCGAUCAUCGUCCGGCACUCGUCGUACCUGCUCUUCCGGCGCUACCUGCUCCUGAUCUCCGAGAAUGCCGACCUCUUCCAGGGCUCCAACGCCGUGGGAUCGGCCGACGGCGACUCCCAGGACCUCGCCGAGGACAACUGCCAGCCGGACUCCUUCGAUGCCUUUGUUCGGCGGAUUUUCUCCACCCUCCUUGGCGGCUGGCUGGUGGCGGCCGCGCCGCCGGGCCAGCAGGCCAGCCUCCUGGCCCUGGCCGAGAUGGGCUCCCUCUCGACCGACGACACCAGCGACAUGCUGUUGUCGACGGCUCCGACCACGACCACCGGCGGGCCUCGCGCCCCGGGCCCUGCCUCCGACGGGGAGUACGACUCGGACUCGGAAGAUGAGGACCAGGACGCCGACGGCCUGCUCGGUGCCGCGGCGCACGCCGCCACCACCCUCCGCCCGGAGGCCCCCCUCUUCGACAUGAUGCUGGACGCCACCUCGCCCUUCCCCCGGCUCAAGCCGUCGGCCACCCUGUCCACCCUGCUGGCGGCCAUGGCCCUGGCCGAUUGUCUGGAAGCCUCGCCGUCGCGCUCGUCGCGCCGGGACCUGCGCGCCCGCAUCCGCAAGUCCGCCCUCUCCGGGCACCUGCUGGACAUCGUGAUGGCCACACAUGUGGCCCUCGAUCGCCAGGGCGCCCGGCGCCUGGGUGCUCCCUUCAACGUCAGCCAGGCCUACUGCCUGGGCCUGAAGGCCCGCAUGGCCGAGCAGCACUACUCGCCCAGCGAGUACCUGCAGGCCGCGCGCGUGACCGAUCUUGAACUCCUGUCCAGCCCGGAUCUGCUGCUGCUGCUGAGCUCGGUGGCCUACUUCCGCUGCCUGCAGGCCUUCCCCUCGGCCCUGCGCUUCUCCUACUUCGACCUGGGCGUCAGCCACCCGACGCGCGCGCAGUUCCUCAAGAAGAUCACCAGCGACAUGUACAGCCCGCGCAUUGUCUCGCACGAGGUGGACGUCGUGCGCCAGAUCAAUGCCGAGGCCCGGGCACGGGCCGAAGAGCGCGCCCGGCGCCAUGCCGAGGCCAUGGCCGCUCGUCCGGUCAACCCCGCCCUGCCGGCCUACCUGCAGCAGCAGCAGGCCCUGCCCCUGGCCGACGAGGAGCCCUUCCGCCUGAGUGCCUCCUCCGGCCAGCGCACCAUCGCCGCGAGUUACCACUUUGAGGAUGCCCAGCUGUCGGUGACCGUCCGCAUGCCGGACUGCUACCCGCUGCUGGAGGCCGCCGUCGAGCCGGGCGAGGGCAAGGGCGUCAGCUCGGCCCAGUGGCACCGGUGGAUGGCCUCGGUCCGGUCCUUCCUGGCGGCCCAGAAUGGCACCAUCGCCGAUGCCCUGCAGCAGUGGUCCACCGACGUCAAGCGCCGCUUCGAUGGCGUGUCCGAGUGCACGGUCUGCCAGUGCGUCGUGCAGCCGGUCGACGGAUCCCUCCCGCGCAUCACCUGCCACCAGUGCCGGAACAAGUUCCACUCCGCGUGCCUGUUCAAGUGGUUCAAGAGCAGCUCGCAGUCCACCUGCCCCCUGUGCCGGCACUCCUUCUGA